CAGCACUAUAUUCCCACGGCCACUGUCCCAGUCUCACUGCCAUUUAGUGUUCCAGGUCGACUUAGAAUGAUGGUGGUCGAAACAUUUUUCUGGGAAGAAACAUGACGUAUCAACCAAAACAUUCACAAUAUGCGCCUGGCAGAGUCAGUGAUAUGCUUCACACAUUGAGAGGGGAGCAAUUUCGACACUCUCAGAAUCUCAAUCGCUCUAAUGACUCAUUGAGUGCUAUUAAUGCUCAAAACGCUCUCACUACUCGACUGCUCAAUCUUGAUUACUCUUCCCAAGAAACGUCUGCUGCACAACAACAGAUCAACUUUCCGAGAACUUCCAAUGGAUAUUCAGGUCCUUCUCCGCCGAAAAGCUGGAUAAAACCCUUUACAAUAGGAGGAGAUGACCGAAAUUCUCCUUCCUGGCGGUCAGAAGCACUGUCUUUGAUUUUUCAUAAACGACCUUCGUCACAGAAAUUCACACUGAACAUUUUGUCUCUGACUCAAUUAUGUCUUGCUAAAUUACUCUCAGAAUGUUCUUCUCCGGAGUCCAUCGAAGAUAUUACACCUUGUCUUCCGGCGCAUUUACGCCUGGAACUCGUACGGUACGCGGCUAUCCACCAUCCCCUGUCCAAACCCAAGCUGCGUGCUUUGCUUUCAUCAGAAGGUCACGUCAAUGGCGAGCUCCUCGUCACUGGGCCGUCCGUGUCUCUUCAUGCCGAUCAUUUUUUGCAGUCCAAGGCUCAGGAGCGCGAACAUUGGGAUGCUGAAGAUCAGACGACUCCCAGUGGCUUGCAGUGUUUGAUUGUCCUAUCAACUCGUCUAUCUGUGUCGACGGUCUCGACUUUCCCACUGACAAUAACUCACCUGGCCUUGAUAAACCUCGAGCAUCCGAUAUCUCUGCACCGGCUACCUGUCCAUUGCCCAUCCCUAAUCGUACUAGACCUUUCCUAUAACUUGUGGCUCACUGUCAUGUCAUCCGACACUUCAAAGAGUAUUGACAGGAUCGAUUGGGAACGAUGGACCCAGCUUCAGGUUUUAGGAUGGAAAGAAUGUUAUAUUCCGGAAGGAAUGCUCACUAGAUUGAACAAAGGAAGAUGGGACGACGUAGAAGUUGUACUCGGAUAAUACUUGUUAUAACAAAUGAUAGAUACGUAUGUGUGUACAAUGGAACAGUACAAACAAUAAAUUACCUGUGUUGGAUAAAAUGCUAUGAAUUGGUAAUUGUUA